AUGGGAGCCAUGAGGGAGCCGCUGCCCCGGGGCGCGCUGGGCUCCUUGCUGCUGCUGCUGCUGGGGCUGUGUGGGGCACGGGAGGUGCACCUGCCCCCAGGGCCCCUGUUCCGCGUGGAGGGCACGGCCAUCUCCAUCCCCUGCAGCGUCUCGGAGUACGAGGGCCCCACACUGCAGCACUUUGAGUGGUUCCUGUACCGCCCGACGGCGCCCGAGAUCUCCAUUGGCAUGAUCAGCACCAGGGACUCCAGCUUCCCCUACGCCGUCUUCGGCCCCCGCGUGCAGAGCGGGGAGGUGUCAGUGCAGCGGCUGCGCGGCGAUGCCGUCGAGUUACGCGUCGCCCGGCUGCGGGCCGAGGACGCCGGUGUCUACGAGUGCUACACGCCCACCACCGACUCCAUGUACCACGGCAACUACAGCAGCAAGGUGGUGCUGAAAGUGAUCCCUGACAUGCUCGGGGUCUUGGCCCCCACACCCAGGCCCCUUCUGCGAGGCCGCAUGGCUGGCACCUCCCCGCUGCAGCUCAGCUUGUCGGAGGGCCAGGAGCUACAGCUGAGCUGUACGGCCCAGAGCCAGACGCAGCAGCACACCCAUCUCUCGGUCUCCUUCGGGGUGUCGGCUCCGGAUGCCCCCGUGGGGCGCCAGACGCUGCAGGAGGUGGUCGGGGUGCGGCGUGACUUCGCCGUGGAAGCUGGCGGGCACUUUGCCGAGCGGUACCGGUCUGGGGAGCUCUCUAUGGCCAAGGCAGGCAGCGAGCAGUACAAGCUGGCCAUCGGGCGGGUGCGCCCGGGAGACGCGGGCACCUACCACUGCACAGUAGGCGAAUGGAUCCAGGACCCCGAUGGCAGCUGGCAGCUGAUCGCCGAGAAGCGGGCAGCGCUGGCCCAGGUGACUGUCCAGUCCAUCGCGAGCCAGCUGGCAGUGUCGGCCAGCCCGCCCGAGGUCCGGCUCAGCGCUGGAGACGCCCUGGAGCUUCUUUGCAAUCUGUCAGGCCCUGCGGCCCCUGCACCCCACGUGGCGUAUGCCGUGAGCUGGGAGGUGGGCGAGGGGGACGGGCUGCUGGUGGCACAGCUGGACACGGAUGGAGUGGCCAUCGUCGGGGAGAGCUAUGCCAACAGCCAGGUGGGCCGGCGCCAAGUCUCGCUGCAGAAGCUGACACCCGCCCCAGGCUCCUACCGGCUGCGGAUCGAGUCAGCCCAGCCAGGGGACGCGGGCACCUACCGCUGCGUUGCCCGGGCCUACGUGCACUCCCCUGAUGCCCAGCUGCGGGAGGUGGCCAGCAGCCGGUCACAGGGGCUGAAGGUCCACAUGAAAUCAGAAGCCGUGGUGGUGCAGGCCUACGCGUGGCUGCCCGUCCCCGCCACCUACCGCGGGGACACGGCCGAGCUGCUGUGCAACAUCUCGGUGGAGUCGACCCAGGCUGUCCACAUGGCCGUCAGCUGGUGGGUGGAGGUGACGGUGGGGGAGGAGGAGCCCCAGGGCCGGAUGGUGGCGUCUUUGAGCCGCGAGGGCGUGGCCGAGCUGGGCCGGCGGGCGUCAGGCGGGGACAUGAGUCUGGACAAGGUGGGGCCGCAGUGCCACCGGCUGCGGCUCCAUGGGGUGGAGCCGUCCGACGAAGGGAGGUACCACUGCGCCGUCACCUCCUGGGUGCGCUACCCCGACCGCAGCUGGUACAACGCCGGGGCCGUGAAGUCCAACUCCGUCGCCGUGUAUCCCUAUGCCCGGGCCAUGGACACCCUGUUCAUCCCCCUCAUUGUGGGCAUUGCCAGCGCCCUCUUCACGGGCAUCGCCAUCCUCGCCACCAUCACCUGCUGCUUUAUGAGGCGGCUCCGCAAGAGGUGA